UGUUGGAAUUAAACGCUAAUUCUGUUAUAAAAAAAAACGAGCGGAAAUGGUUAAUUUUUAAUUAUUUGGUUUUUUAAAUAGGUUUAGCAGACACGCUUUUAUCUGCAAUUUUACUGGUUCCACCCGUUGUAUAUUUUAACAAAUGUUGUUUUGCUGCUAAUUCCGUUUUCUUCACUGUUUUAAUUAAUCUAAUCUUUGCUACUGUGUUUAAAGAGAUAAUUAAUACCUAUGUUAUGUUAUGUUUAAAUACGAAAAAACUUUUAACUUUUGACCCAUUGCCGUUUGUUGCAAAAAAGUAUCAAUAUUGACGUCAUAAUCAACCAACAAUACAAUCAACCAUGUGCAUUUGUUUAUGUUUAGUCUCAAAGCAGUGGUAGUAGGGGAAUUCAAAAUAACCGCCGAUUUUAGGAGAAUUUAUAAAACUGCUUAUAACUGAAAAAUUUGCAACCGCGAGGUGCCGCUAUGGCGCUCUGUCUGAGCGAUUCAGAGACUUCAAUGUUAACUAGUCCUUUACUGGUAGAUUCAUGGGCGUCCACAUUUAAUGACUUAAGACAGAGAGGAAAGUUUUGCGACGUCGUGAUAAAAGUCCAAGAUGUAAGAUUCCCGUUGCACAGGCUAGUACUGUGCGCGUGUAGCGAUUAUUUCAGAGCUUUAUUCGACGGCGGCUGGGGCAGCGGGGAUAAACAAGAAAUAGAAUUAACAGGGACUUCCCCCGAAAUUAUGACGUCACUUCUCAACUAUGCGUACACCGGACAGGUUAUAAUAACUUCGCAAAACGUAGAAGAACUUUUACCAGCUUCUGAUAAGUUUCUAAUGGAUUACGUGAAGCAGAAGUGUUGCUCCUAUCUUAAAAAGCAGCUAACACCUAUGAACUGUAUAGGAAUACGACAAUACGCCAGGUAUAGUAACUUACAUGUACAGUGGAUAACACAUUCUUCGUCUUACCUUUUUAACAGGUCAUUCUUUUGUCCCCGGUUAGUCGACGCUGCGAAUAACUACAUUCUGUACAAUUUCGAAGAGGUGGCGCAAAAGAGUCCAGAGUUUUUAAAUAUGGCGUUUGAUGACGUCAUCCAGCUAAUAAACGAUGACCGUUUAAACGUAAGGCUUGAAGAAACGGUUUGUGAGUCAGUGUUCAGAUGGAUACGACAUGACAAAAUGGGUCGAAUAUCCAACCUAUCUGUUAUGUUGAAAGGGGUUCGGCUCGGAUUACUCGACCCCGAAUAUUUCAUGACCAAACUGAAAGGUAACUUCCUCAGUAAAUUGCGAGGUUGCGAACUUGUGACGGAAUCAAUGGCUGAAUGCAGAGGGCUUAUAAAAGAUGCAAUGAAGGUCGUAUGUGACUUACACGGCUUCGAUAGUAACACAGUAUCCCCACAUGGCAACGUCUUCAGCUCUUUGGUUAGGCCAAGACUACCGUUUGAGAUAUUGCUAGCAAUAGGCGGCUGGAGCGGUGGAAGCCCUACUAAUGCAAUAGAAGCUUACGAUCCAAGGGCAGAAUCUUGGCUUAAUGCUAGCACGAUACCAGGUACAAUGCUUCGUGACAGCGACGUUGCUGGUGGCUACAGAACAGUUGCUGACAUACCACGUGCUUACCAUGGAGUUGCCUUUGUAAAGGGAAACGUUUACGUCAUUGGUGGAUUUGAUGGAGUCAACUACUUCAAUACUGUUCGUCGUUUCAGUGUAGCAAACUUUGAAUGGGUGGAGGAGCCUCAAAUGUUGCAUAAGAGAUGCUACAUCAGCGUCACUGUGCUGGAUAAGAAGAUAUAUGCGUUGGGGGGAAUGGAUGGAACGAACAGACUUAACUCUGCGGAAUGUUAUGACCCAUCACAGAAAAUCUGGAGCAUUCUACCUGACAUGAAUGAAAGUCGAAGCGAUUCAAGCGCAACCUCACUGCACGGAAGGGUCUACAUAGCAGGCGGGUUCAACGGGCAAGAAUGUCUCUUCACAGCCGAGUUUUACGACCCUGAGACCUCAGUAUGGACAAGAAUAACACCGAUGAGAAGCAGAAGAUCCGGAGUUUCGAUUAUAAGCUUCCACGAUAUGGUCUAUGCAGUUGGAGGAUUCGACGGCGUGAACAGAUUAAGGCACGCAGAGGCGUAUUGCCCACGUACAAAUACAUGGCGUAACAUUGCAAGCAUGAAUAAGCCGAGGUCUAACUUCGGUAUAGAGGUCGUAGACGAUCAAUUGCUUGUAGUUGGUGGUUAUAAUGGCCACCAGACCUCCUGGGAUGUAGAAGCAUACGAUGAUACAGCGAAUGAGUGGUACGAAAUCAAGGACAUGCAUAUCUGUCGUAGCGCUCUAUCCUGUUGCGUCAUGUCAGGGGUUCCUUAUGACGUCAUAAAGCGUUACUGUGUACCACGUGACACGAAUCCUACGUCAUCAUCUCCCGAUACGCAGGACGGGGCGACGUCUUCAAUUAAUCCGGAAGAUGCUGUUUUAUCCGAACGAAGCGGGAUAACAACCGAUGACGAAGAAGACCAAGCACUCCACCAACCGGAGGUUGAUUUGAGGGCAAGAAAUGAUCAUGAUUUGUCGGAUGACGACGAAAUGGAAGAAGAGUCAGAUCUGUAAAGAUAAAACAAAAUGAACCUUUUAGCAAGAUGCUGAAAGAAAUACAAUCAAAAAAACUUU